UGAAACUGAAAGCGGUUUGAAUCAGGAAGUGCUGAGUGUGAACAUGGAUUCCAGGCGGCAGGUCCACAGUUUGACCGAGGAGGCAAUUUGUCCCAUUUGUCUGGAUUUCUUCACCGACCCGGUUAUACUGGAUUGUGGACACAACUUCUGCCGCUCCUGUAUCACCCAGAGUUGGGAAAAGCAGGAGAUAAACUCCUGCCCGGAAUGUAGACGGGAGUUUCCGGAAAGAAAUCUCAGGGUAAAUCGGUCCUUAGCGAAUCUGGCCGAGAAAGCUCGAAAAUUAAAGCUGAAUCCACAAGAGAAGGAAAGUAAACCUCACUGUGAGGAACAUCAGGAAGAACUGAAGCUGUUUUGUGAAACUGACAAGAAAUUGAUCUGUCUGAUUUGUAGAGAUUCCCGGGAACACAAAUCUCACAACUUCAUGCCGAUCAAAGAAGCUGUUGGUAUCUACAAGGAUCGGGUGAAAUCUUCCUUAGAUUCUCUCACUGAGAAGAAAUCGGAGGCUCUAGAAAUGGAGCGGCAGCAGAAACAAAAGAUUUCCCAAAUUCAGGAGGAAUCCAGAAAUCUUCAGACCCGCAUCACGUCCGGAUUUGCUCAAAUGCACCAGAUUCUCAAUGAGAAAGAGCAGCGGUUACUCCGAGAUCUCAGUGAACAAGAGGAAAACACUCUGAAACCAAUGGAGGAAAACCUUUGUGAAAUUCAAGAUAAUUUAAAGUCUAUUCAGGAGAAACUUUCAAAGUUGGAAAAACGGUUGGAAGAAACAGACGGAGUGAUAUUCCUGAAGGAGGAAGCAUCUCGGAAAAGGAGGAUUAGCGACGAGUUUGGUCAAAACCUGUCACUGACUGAUGGUGUCCUGUCCAUUGAAAUAACCGACAUCCUUUCAGAAUUUCCAGUGUGGACAGAAGUGGUGGAGGCCAUGAAACCUAAUAAGGGUCAGAUAAGUUCCUUUGUCCUGAUUAUAUUUUAUACUUUAAUUGUUACAUUCUGACUAUCCACUCUAUCUGUGCCUCUCAUCAUCUUAUACACCUCUAUCAAGUCACCUCUCAUCCUUUUUCACUCCAAUGAAAAAAGCCCGAUCUUUCCUCAUGAGACCUGCCCUCCAGUCCAGGCAGCAUCCUGGUAAAUCUCCUCUGCACCCUCUCUAAAGCUUCCACAUCUUUCCUAUAAUGAGGGGACCAGAACUGAACACAAUAUUCCAAGUGUGGUCUCACCAGGGUUUUAUAGAUCUGCAGCAUAACCUCGCAGCUCUUAAACUCAAUUCCCCUCCUUUUGUCAGAGAUGGGGUUGUUUGCUGAUGAUUGCACGAUAUCUGGCACCAUUUGCAACCCACUCAGAUCGCGAAGCUGUCCAUGUUCAGAUACAGAAAGACCAGACAUUAUUGAGGCUUGGCCUGAUGUGUGGCAAGUAAUAAUCAUGCCCAUAUAAGUACCAAGCAGUGAACAUCUCCAAGAUGAGAGAAUCGAAACAUCAGCCCUGACAUCCAAUGGUAAUGCAACUCAUCACCAUCACCUCAACAUCCUGGAUGUUAACAUUGACCAGAAACUGAACUGGGCCACCUUCAUUUUCAACUGGGCCAUUGUCAUCAUUUUCUAAUUUGGUGAAGACAGCCGCAAAGUUUUCAUUUCAUACCACUGUUUCAAUGAGUAGUUUACCCAGCUUUUUUCUUCGGGGCCCAGUCUGUCCUUCGCUCAUCUUUUCCUGUUAAUAUGUUUGAAAAGCACCUUUUUAAGCGUCCCCGUACACCUGCAUCUUAGUGAUAAAAACCACAACACAGCCUGAUUUAAGUUUGUUUUGGAAAAGGACACGAAAACUGAAGUGGUUCAAGAAGGCAGCUCCCCAUCACUGUCUGAAGGGCAACAAGGGAUGGGAAAUAAAUGCUGGCCCAGCCAGCAACACCCAUAUCCCAUGAAUGAAUGAAAAAUUGUGUGUCUUGGAUUGGAGAAGGCAGAUUGAAUUAAAAUAAGGCGGGAUCUAGUCAAUGCAGAUCGUGAACAGGUAUUUGUGAGAUAAUCUAUGCAGCACAGUGCGGGGAGUGGGUGGGAGUGGGUGCUCAAACAGGAAAUGGGCAGAGGACAGGACCAAAACUUCCCCUUUAGGGUGACGUGUGGGAACAACAUGCCCGGAGAACCCUGGAUGUCUCAAAAUAUUCAAUACUGGAUAAGAAGAUAAAAAAGAUGCUUUCAGCAGGUGAAAGAGCAAAACAGCAGACAUCCUGGUGGAUUUUCAAAAGAGCAGUGGGGAAGGUAAGAAAACAUUAAGAAAGCACAGAGAGUUGUUAAAAUUACGGAGAAUCCCAAGAAAUUGAACAGGCAUAUUAAAGUGAAGAAGAAAACCAUGGAAAGAGGACACGUUUGGGACCAAGGGGCCAAACUGUGUGUUGAGUCAGAGGACAUUGGUAGAGUGUUAAAUGAAGACUUCACUUCUGUCUUCACUUGGGAGAAGGAGGAUGUUGAUACAGAAUUUUGGAAGAGGUCCUUGAACAGAUUGACAUAGGGAGUAAGGAGAUAUUGGAGGUUUUUGACAGUGGACACAUCCCCAGGUCCAGAUGAGAUGUCUCCCAGGUUGCUGUGAGAGGCAGGGGAGGAAAUUACAGGGGCUCUGACCCCAAAUGUUUAAUUUGACUGUGGCUACAGGGAAGGUGCCAGAGGACUGGAGGACAGCUAAGGUGGUUCCACUUUUUAAGAAGGGUGUUAGAGACAAACCAGGGAAUCUCAGACCAGUGAAUCUCUCAUCAGUGGUAGGGAAACUAUUGGAGAAAAUCCUGAAGGAGAGAAUUCAUCUCCACCUGGAGAGGCAAGAUGUGAUUCGGGAUAGUGAGCAUGGCUAUAUCAGAGGAAGGACACAACUAACAUGUUUGAUGGAAUUUUUCAAGGAAGUGACCAGGUGUAUAGAUGAGGGUAGAGCAGUUGAUGUAGUUUACAUGGAUUUCAGCAAAGCCUUUGAGAGUGUUCCACAUUAAAUUGACAAAGACAGUGAGAGCACAUGGGAUCCAGGGUAACCUGUCAAGAUGGAUCCAAUAUUAGCUCAGUGACAGGAGACAGAGCAUGGUGUUAGAAGACUGUUUAGUGUGUCGUGGUGUCAUACUGGAUCAGUGCUGGGUCUCUGAUUGUUUAUGAUUUAUUUAAAUGAUAUCAAUGGGAAUGUGGGGAAAUGAUAAGUAAGUUUGCAGAUGAUACGAAAGUUGCCUGGAUGGUUAAUAUUGAGGAAGGAGGACAUAGGUUCCAGGAAGUUAUCGAUGCGUUGGUUGAAUUGGCAGAUCAAUGGCAGAUGGAAUUUGAUCCUGAAAAGUGUGAGGUGAUGCACUUUGGAAGAAGUAACAGGACAAGCAGUUACUCAAAAAAUGGCAGGACACUAGGAAGCUCAGAGGAGCAGAGGGAUCUUACAGUGUGUAUCCACGGAUCCAUGAAGGUGGCUGAAUGUGUUAACAGAGGAGUUAGGAAGGUGCUUGGCUUUAACACUUGAGGCAUAGAUUAUAAAAUCAGGAGGUUAUGUUUAAGCUGGACAGGACUUUGGUUAUCGGAUCAGUAAUAAGGGAGCAUAAUUUUAAGAUGAAGGGCAGGAGGUUUUGGGAGUAUUUGAGGAAAAUCUCUUUCACCCAGAGAGUGGUGGGAGUUUGGAAUGCACUGCCUGGGAGGGCAGGAGAGAUGGAACCGCAACAUUCAAGGCUAUCGGCCAAGAGCUGAAAAGUGGGAUUCCUGUAGCUAGGCUGGUGCAAAAUCAAUGGGUUGAAGGGCCUCUUCUGUACUGUCUGACCCUGUGACUCACAUUCAAUACACCUGCUUUAUUAACUGUUAUAGGGAAAUCAUACAUUGAAACAGGUGCAUGUGACAAUUUACAGUGCAAUUGGCUGAAUAAUACUGAAUUCUCACCCGGUCAUUCCAAAUAAUUUCUACUUUAGGCAUUUUGUUUGAAAAAGUCUCUUUAGUAAGAACGGUUGCUGCCCCUGGGCUAUGUAAAAAAUGGUGACGAGAGCAAAAUAUUGUGUGCUCAUAAUCAGCAGCAAAAGCUGCAGCUUCAGUGUGAGAGGGAAAGGGGGGAAUGAUAAAGGGAAAUGAAAAAAGUGUUGAUAAGAGACUGAGAAAGAACUUACUGUUACAAAGCUCUGUGAUAUUUCCUGGAAAUUCCUCAGCACUUCAUAAUCAAUGAAUUACUUUUUGACGUGUGAUUAACAUUGUUAAGAAACUUUUGUAAUUGCUGUUAAAAUUUAUUGGUUUCAAUUUGUUUGUGUAUAAAUAGGUAAUAUGGCAAUAUUUGAAUCAUGAUGAUAAUUAAAAUAUGGAAACACAUUUCCUAAAUUCCCUGGUAUUUUGUGAAAGGGAAAGCUCAUGUUGAUUUGAAUUUCAAAUUAUACAAUUGUUUCAACACAGAAAGAGGCCAUUCAGCCUGUCUUGUCUGUUCUGGCCCUCUGCAACAGAAAUUCACUUAUUGCCACUUAUCCUCUUUUUCCGGCCAGCCCUGCAAAUUUAUGCUCUUCAGUUAAUGGUUCAAUUCUGUUGUGAAGGACACAAUUGUCUCUGGCUCCACUAGACUCUCAGGCAGUGCAUUCCAGACAGUCAUAGAGACAUACAGCAUGGAAAGUGACCGUUCUGUCCAACUCAUCCAUUAUGACCAGAUAUCCUAGAUUGAUCUAUUGCCAUUUGCCAGCAUUUGGCCCAUAUCCCUCUAAACCCUCCCUAUUCAUAGACCCAUCCAGAUGCCUUUCAGAUAUUGUAAUUGUACCAGACUUCACCGCAUCUUCUGGCAGCUCAUUCAAUUCAUGCACCACCCUCUGCGUGAAAAGGUUCCCCCUUGGGUCCCUUCUAAAUCUUUCCCCUCUCACCUUAAUCCUGUGCUCACGAGUGUUGGACUUCCCGAUCCUGGGAAAAAGAACUUGACUAUUAAUCCUAUCCACACCCCGCAUGAUUUUCUAAAUUCUCUAAGGCCACCCCUCGUCCUCCGAUGCUCCAGAGAAAAUGGCCCCAGCCUUUUCAUGCUCUCCCUAUAGCUCAAACUCUUCAACCCUGGCAACACCUUUGUAUAUCUUUUCAGAACCACUUCAACUUUCACAACAUCCUUCCUAUUUUAGGGAGACCAGAAUUGCAUGCGGUAUUCCAAAAGUGGCCUAACCAAUGUCCUGUACAGCUGCAACAUGACCUCUGACUCCUCAUCAUGGUCUUUCAAGUUUUAUACCACCUUUCCAAUUCUCCUUGAGAUUGUGGAUGAUAAACUGAAGACGUAAAUUGUUUUAUUCCCAAACUAUUCAUUAUUUCUUUAAAUAUAUUUGAAAUUAAAUUUUGAACCUUGAUUUAAUUGUAUUUCUCUGGAUAAUCCAUGUCUUGUUAAAAAAGUAGGACUUACAUUUCCAUGUCCAUUUUUGCUGUAUUUUUCCUUCAAGUCACUGCUUUCGGAAAUUGUGCUGAAAAAUCUGUGCAUAUUCAAAGAUAUUGAUUGCCACUCUUGGUUGUAGAUUAGUAUCACACACAAUCGAUGAAGACCUUGCUAAACAGUUCUUCCAAAAUUGGUAUCAGAAUUAAAGGCGCAGGUUUAAUUUAUGUUUGGGGUUUCACCAAUACCAUACAUGUAUAGUACGUCUGUCAAAAUGUCACCCCAUCAUAAUACAGUCCUGGCAAAUAAAAACAUUUUAAUAUUUUAACCUAUGUUUUCCCGUGUCCAAAGUAACCGGCCAUUCGAAUGUUGAGAAACACUUGUAAAAUUUCCCAUCAUCUGAUGGAUUCCUGCUCAUUCCUUAUUGACUGAUAUUUAAGGUGGUCUUCUUUUCCUCAUUUACACUCUGUCUUUUA